AUGCAGGAUCUGGUCCGUGCUUUCCCUCGGUCAAGACAUACUCGGGUUAUGAAGCCCCGGAGUGCGGGCAACAGCCCUUCAUCAGCAAUCAAAAAGCGUUCGACCGUGAAUCAGAAUGUGAUGCAUGGACUGCCCACUCGAUAUGAAUCGUCUCUGGAAGAAGCCCUUCUCGCCUCAGCGGCCCGGAACUCACGUCCGAUUAGUUGGCACCCUUCUUCGGCCAGAACUCGGGGUCUCUCCAACCCAUACACCACCAGUUUCCCUUCGGACAACUAUGCCGAAAUUGAUACUGUGUCUGAUCAAUAUCUCAGCCCUGCUGUUUACGGCGGCGAAAACAUCAUGACAUAUCCCAUGACUGCCGACCCUUCAUUCUCCCCUAACGACUACUUUCCCAUUUACUCUGGCAUUCACGAGGAUUUGCCACUUCCACAACACACGCCGGCGCUCCUGACUGGCUCGCAGGUCGAGCCGAUCGCGUGGGAUGUUCCCACUAUGUCCACUGAUUUCUCAUCAAUGUCGCACCCGGCCUCCGACAACUGGACCUUGGACAUGCUCUCAAUGGGCACCAACAUUCCCCCACCGGAGACAACAUGCCCAAGCUACGUCAGCGUUCCUUCCCCAGGUGAACUGAGCGGUCCAUCAACACCGGACUUCCUCCCCAUGCAGCAAUUCGAAAAUCCCUUCUAUCCCACUGUCGAACCUAAGAAGACCGGAAAGGGCGAGGAAGAACUGGUCGGCAUGGGACUUUACAACCAACCCAACGGUACACUUGCACGAGCCCCGCAAAGCAAAUUAGGCGAAGGCUUGAAGCUCGAAGAAACAUUCACACCAUCUGAAGAAGAUCAGGAGAGCGAGGCCGACGCCGAGGCUGAGCAGGACGGACAAUACGAAGCGCCCCAGCAAACAAUCCCUUAUGAUGAGCCUACGCCUAUCCGUCAAUCAAACUUCUCUUACAAGCAGCCCAUGCAGGCCCUGAACCUGCUUCAACGAUCUUUCUUCGACUACGAUGAUGCGGAUCAACAGACCAUGAUUUCACACCCCUUUGCUGGUUUCAAUCAGCCCUGCAUGAACUAUGGGUAUGGGUGGAUCUGA